UGGGUUUCGGGAGCGCAGCGUCACUCUCACAGCCGCGGUCCUCGCUUUUGUUAGACCCAACUCGUGUCUUUACCUGCUCCCCUCUUUCCCCCCCUCCUCUUAUUUUAUUUUAUUUUUUUUUACGCGGAUACUCGUUUCAAGGAAAAAACCGUUUAUGGUCCUGGCUGAAGAUCUCACCAUGUCUCGCACUGACGAGGUUCACCGCUUGACGGAAAAUGUCUAUAAGACUAUCAUGGAGCAGUUCAACCCCUGCUUACGGAACUUUGUUGCCAUGGGGAAGAACUAUGAGAAGGCCCUCGCCAAUGUGACAUUUGCUGCCAAAGGCUACUUUGAUGCUCUGGUCAGAAUGGGUGAACUGGCCAGUGAGAGUCAAGGAUCCAAAGAUUUGGGGGAUGUGCUGUUCCAGAUGGCUGAGGUCCAUAGACAGAUCCAAGUGCAGCUAGAAGAGAUGUUGAAAUCCUUCCACAAUGAGCUGCUGUCUGAACUGGAGAAGAAGGUGGAGCUGGAUGCUCGUUAUUUGACUGCUGCCCUGAAGAAAUACCAGAUGGAACACAAGAGCAAAGGGGAGAGUCUGGAGAAGUGCCAGGCUGAACUAAAGAAGCUACGCAGGAAGAGCCAGGGCAGCAAGAACCCCUCCAAGUAUGGCGAGAAGGAGAUGCAGUUUGUGGAGACCAUCAGUAGUAAGCAGACUGAGCUGGACACCUUCAUCGCUGAGGGAUACAAGACAGCCUUGUCUGAGGAGCGUCGCAGGUACUGCUUCCUUGUCGAUCGCCAGUGUGCUGUGGCCAAGAACAGCAGUGCCUACCAUGGCAAGGGUAAAGACCUUCUGACGCAGAAGAUCCCGGUGUGGCAACAGGCCUGCUCGGACCCCAACAAGCUGCCAGAGAGGGCCAUGCUUCUGGCCCAGCAGAUGGGCUCUGCUGCCCUGGGGGGCACAAGUCCACUGCAUACCUCAAAAUCCAACCUGGUCAUCUCAGACCCCAUCCCCGGGGCUCAGCCUCUUCCUGUGCCACCAGAGUUGGCCGUGUUUAUGGGUAGUGGCCUCGGACACCCAGCGAGGCUGAUGGGCCCUGACGGCAUGUCCAUGGUCAAUGGGACAACAGGAGUCCAUGGAGAGGAAUUUUGGACAGAUGGGGGAACGUUGUCUGUGUCCCAGGUGAGGCCUUCGUCCCCUCAGACCCAGGCACAGGGUCAGUCCCAGGCCCAGCCCCAGAGACAGGUCAGCGAUGUCUACUCCAACACCCUCCCUGUCCGCAGGCCUGCCCCCGCCAAGAAUAAAAACCCAGUGGGAGAGACACGAACCCUGCCCAGGUCCAGUUCCAUGGCAGCAGGACUGGAAAAGAAUGGGCGCUCCCGUGUCCAGGCCAUCUUCUCUCACGCCGCGGGAGACAACAGCACCCUGCUCAGUUUCUCCGAGGGAGACGUCAUCACUCUGCUAGUGCCUGAAGCCCGUGAUGGCUGGCACUAUGGGGAAAAUGAGAAAAACAAGAUGCGUGGCUGGUUCCCCUUCUCCUACACGCGUGUGCUGCCCGACAGCGACGGCGAGAAGCUCAGAGUGAACCUGCACCAUGGGAAAAGUAGCAGCACAGGGAACUUGUUGGAGAGUGAUGCAUCGCUGCCCACACCUGACUACGGCCUGACCGCCCGGCUGCUGGCACAGAGCCUAGCACAGACCCGCCCACGCCCCUACAGCAUGGCAGGCUUUGGCACACAGCCUGCUAUUGAGGAUUAUGACGGCCGCUUUGCCACAAGUGACCGUUCCCUGGAGGUGUACCUCCGGCCCACCUUCUCCGAUGACCGAUCUGCACCCAUCUUCUACUAGCGGCCUGCUGUUUCCUUUUUCCACUCAUGGGCCCUUUUUGUCAUAAGGGAGGGAAAAAAAAUGGCCAUCAUUGGCCUGUUACAGUCCCAUAAUGUUAUCACAAGAGGGCCCAAGAGUGCGAUUGGGAGAGAAAAAAAAAAGCCACCUCAAGGAAUUUGCUACACUACUGAGAAUUUAUAGUUUCUUUGCUGUGGAAAUUCACUCCGAGAAUUUCUCAUUUAAUGAUUUGCAAACGCUUUCACCAGCAUCGAAUGUAUCAGCCUGAGCAUUCAAGUGAAAGUGUGACAGUAACUUUUAUUAGCUAUUUAGAUCGCAGCAGUUGUCGAUAAGGUAUGGCUAAGGAGCUUUACUAGUUAUGCCGUCACAUUAUUUAUCUGCGCUUUUAUUAUGGGAUUACUUUUGUUUUCUUCAAUGCUAUACAUUGUAAAUUUCAUUGAAAGAUUAUUUACAGUAAUGAGCAGUGAAGGCACACUGCAUUAUUAGUUGUUUAAGUGAGACUUGAGGGUUAAAGUGAGACGGUCGGUAGCAGUUUUCUGUGCAUCAGUGUACUGCAAACUGUAGGGAAAAGUGUGGAUUGAAUACUGCCACAGAUAGCUAGAACUGGACAUUUGGUGAGUAAACUAUAACUCUGCUUCUGUUAAGUGAUAUAGAAAUAUAUACUCUGCAGUCGUGAUACAGUAUACCCAGAUUUUAAAUUUGGGAACUGUGCCUUUUUGUUUUUUGAAAACACGUUCUAAUGGCAUUGUCCCUAUCAUUCUGUAAACUGGUUUGAGGGAAUGUGCAUCACCGCUUUACUUGCAUUUUUAUAUUACAGAGAAUACUGGUGGGGUUGUAUCACCUUUUGUUUUAGUUGCUUUUUUUUUUUUUCUUUUUUCGAGCAAGCUUCAGUACAGCACAGGAGCAAUUCUACAAAAAACAAUACGAGAACAUAUUUGAAUUGCUAUUCUUUCCUUCUCUUUAAAUUUCAGUAAUAUCUAAGCUGCCAGAUAGCCAGGAAGACGAAACAGUGCUUACACAAUGGGUCUUUUUUUUUUGUAAUAUUUAGCUUUGAGGGAGUGGUAGCUUAUCAGAUAAGGUACAGUAUUACAGCUUUUGAUCAUUCAGACUCAGUAUUAUACAGUACACUCAUCUGGGAAACAAGCUUCGAGCGGAGGCAUUUAUCUACAGUAUGACGUGUGGGAAUAGCGGUGAAUUUGUAUGUGAUUUAUAGGAGAAAAUAUGUAUGGUUGUGUGAAUGAGCUGAAAUGCCUCUUAGACUGUGUUAAAUUAACCGUUACAUCAUGACGAGUCUGUUUUUUAUGGAUGAGUCCUGUCCACUGAGUGAUAUGAUCAUGCUUUUAUUACAUUACUCAUUUGGGCAUCAAGUUUCAAAUGCAUUUUUUACUUUUCUAUAGCUCUCAUUUUGUCCAUUUCUCACCUUUGUCCCUGUUUGUAUUAUAUCUGUACUGUACAGAAAGUGCAUAUAAAUUAUCUUGUCCAAAAUAAAUCUACAUGGGCACAAACUUCA